GGUGUUUGUGCACGGAUGGUACGACGUUUUGGGCAUGUUUUUGCCCCCUUCGCCCCUAUUUUCACGCCCAAAACCCCCAAAAGUGUGCAAAUUAACCCCUGAGGGUCACUUUGGGGCCCCCCACGCUCCAUAGGGGUGGCAUUUUGUGCAAUUGGGUGGAUUUUUUUCGCCCCGAAAAGAACGUGAUCCUCUCUUCUUUUUGGAACCAAUUAAAAAAAAAUAAGGCUGAUUAAUAAAAGAAAAAUGAUUAAGUGUAGUGUUUAGUGAGAGAAACAGAUUCAAAGGAAACCCUUAAGAUUAAAAAAAGGGCAUUUAUUUGGGGCUUAAAGCCUCCCAAACAAACAACAUUCAGUGGAAAGAAGAAAGAAUAAGAAGUGAAUUAAAAGUGUCCAGGAAGUGGUAGUGCAAAGGGUGCAGUGUAGUUGAGGUAAAUGGGCCAGGUGGGUAAAUGAAUGGAUGGGCCUUCGUCGAACAGCUGCAUCGGUUGUGGUGAACGUCAAAACGUCGUCAUCCGAUGUGGCCGCAAUGGCACCCGCUCUAACGGAGCCCGUGACACAGAGUAAAUUGUCAUCGCCGGCAACGGCAGCCUCCCCCCAUCCUGAUAUACAUUCAUCAACAAAUUCAACCCAUGUGGAUGAUCAGCCCCACAAUUACUACUCCGUACGUCCGAAGGUAUCAUCCGCAAAGAAGGUUGAAUUGAGCAGCAGUGGUGGUGGUGGUGUGACAAAGGGUUCCUUCCAGUUGGCAUUUGUGGAGUCUGUCGGCAUUGAGGCAUCAUCGAAUGGGCUGGCGGACUCCGGUCCAGUGGAUGAUUCAACGCACAUGGAUCACACAGCAGCGAAUGAGAGAAGUACAGAGGCUGAUGAUACUCCCAGGGCGCAGCCAGCACAAGAGAAUGUUGCUGUAAAUAACACAGAAGAGAUGUGUGGUAGUACUAGUGGUGGUGGUGUAGCCCAAAAGGUGGGAGUUAAACAACCACCAGCAGCAGCAGCAUCCUCAUCAACGGGGGCUGUUCCUGCUGCUGCAGCUCCAAAGGGGAGUGAUUAUAUAAAGGAGAAUGCGGAAAUUGAGCAAUUUAUGGGUGAAUUGGCGUCAUCGAGUGACAUUGAUCUCUUCCAAGUGUUCAAGAGUCUCGAGACAGCCGCCCAAGCUGGUGGUGAUGGUCUCUGUGAUUUGGCACCAUUCUCCAUUUUUGGGGAUGACGUAAUGAGCGUGGAAGAGGUCACGGCGUCUCAGCUGAAGGACAGCGACACCCAACAGUUGCGGCAGGAGAUUGAGAAGCGUCAGUAUCAGAUGCAGCGAAAGUGUGACUUUCUCCUGCGUCGCCUCCGGAAGUUGCAGGUACGCUCAAUGGGUGGGCAUGUGAGUGAAGAAGUUGCGGGGUUGUUUGAGUACACAAAUCGCCUUCUAAAGCGCAAAGAGCGCGAUAGUGUGAAGACAAUUGUGAAUCAUCCGGGUCAGGUGAUUGUUGAUGUUGGUUCCACUGCUCCUGCGACAUUUAUUCCACCCACCGGAAGUGGUGUAGUGUCGCAAAAGCAACAGAAUCAGGAGAAUCUCAAGCCACUCAAUCAGAUGGCAUUGAGAUCCUACCUGAAACGCAUUGAAAAUGUUGCCCUAACGCAAAAUUCAAUGGCGCAAAAGAGGAAUACAACAGUGGUGAUGCUUCCCGGUGGCAAGGGGACCCCCGCCAUUGGGAGCCUCCUGCCGCAUCUGGAGGAAACAGCACGAGCACAGUUGGAGCACACAUCGGGGAUGCUGCGUACGGAACUUCGUGCUGUGGAAUCAGCAAUGGAUUCCGAUGCAACAGCCACGAGUUCCGGUGGGGAAUCAGCUGAUGAAUUGGUCAACUAUUCCAAUCCCACGCAGCAAACUCUGUCAAUAGCAAAACGAGCAUCAUGGCGAUGGGCUAAAGAUCGUGCGGCAAUUGCAACGCGCUGGAGUUGGUUACUUGCUCAAAUAUCUGAUUUGGAAUACCGUAUAAGGCAACACAAUGAUCUGCAGAAUCAAAUACGUAAGAGCAAGGGUGCUGUUACGUUUGAGGAGCCACCGCCGCAGCAUUCAGUUAAUGGGUAUCGUGGGGUUUUACCGGGUAAUUCCAAGGCUGCUACGGUGGAGGGUAGUGAGGAGACUAGUGGUGGUGGAAGUGCCCCCAAUGGGGCGUACGAUCAACAAUCCAGCAGUUCGAGUCGUACGAGACCAUUUCAACGGAGUGGCUUCAAAAAGCGAAAACUCCUGCAAACUGCAAAUUUGCACACGAUCUCAAAGAAGGCUGCAAGAUCAAGCACGGUUAAAUGUGGUUGUCAGUGGCCUGUCCAUCCUUGCGCGCUCUGCACGGGCCGUCAAGAUCCAACAGCACCCAGAGACCUGCCCGACAUGAUGCCUGUGUCGGAGAGAGUUGCUCUUCUGGAUCCUUGCUAUCAUUCAGUUCUCAGUUUCCCAGAAGACGUCUCUCAAAACAUCCACUUUGAAUCUGUACUGCGAAUACCGGAGUGGCAAGUAAAGGUGGUGAGAUGCACGACCAAAGCGCCGCUAAAGAGCAUGACGACUACCCCCAAGGGGUCGCUAAUGCGUGAGGAUCGGGUUAAGCCGAAACAUCGACUGUAUGACGAGUCAAAUCGAAAACUUGGGCGAAAGUUUCCUCAAGGACUUGUCACAAAUAGAAUUAAGAAGGCAAAAGCACGACGAGCACUUCAAGGUAAAUACACGCAGUUGCUGAAGCAUCAUAAAAAUCGAAAGGUGGCUGGAAUGAAACCAUCAUCGACAUCGGGUUCGGAUUCAGCUGGUUUGCAACAUGAUAUUGAAAAUGGUUUGCCACGCAGCAAAAAUGCAUCACCCACACUAAAUUCAUCGAGUUACAAACACGAAAGAUCGGGAUAUUCUGAUCUACGACGGAAUCGCAAUUCGUACGACAUUGAUAACAUUGUUAUACCGUACAGUGUUGCAGCGGCGACGAGAGUUGAGAUUCUGCCGUACAAAGAGAUUCCAACACCAAAAUGGAAAGUUGUGAGUGAUAAGGAUUUCGUGACGGAGAUUGAGAGUGAGUCUAGUCAAGUGGUGGAUGCACAAGUUGAGAAUGAAGAAGCAUUGGGGGAGACAAUUGCAACAAUUCACGAGAGAUCACUUCUCGAUGAACGAAAGAAAUUUUCGACUUUCCUCAAAUUUCCCUACAGUACUAGAUCACGUGCCAAUCGACGAAUCGACAGCCGUGCUGAGUCAAGUGGUGCAAAUACACCAGAUCCAACAUCACCGAGUGUUGCUGUUGAUCAAGAAUCAAUACCAUCCCCUGCAUGCCCAUCAACUCCACUUACGCCACUAGAACACGUCGAAGGGACAACAGAUACAAAUUCAACACCAACAGUCCCAAUACCGAAUCCACUGUCGAGUUCAACGUUAAUACGUUCAGAACGACGACGUACGACAUCACUGAAGGUCCUUGGGAGGGAUCGUGAAAGUCUCAGCGCUGGAGGUGGAGGUGGAGGUGGCAGUGGAAGUAUGGAGGGAAGACGCAGCAAUUCGCCUGAUUUGAAGGAAACAAUACCACCGUAUGAGUCGCUGGUGUUUCCGCUACCGGACGAUGUCUUUGAGGCAAUGCUUCGGGCAAUGCCAACGGAGCACUUAGUGAAAGAGUGUGUGGGUGCAAAGAGGUUGGCAUGCAAGCCACCGACGAGUCAUACAGCUGCUGCUGCUACAGCACAAUUACUCAACAAUGAGAGUGAAUCCAAUACAAUGGACAAUAUGAUUGAUAUUGAUUCCGAUGCUGAGACGGAUUCCGUCAUUUCGGCAACGGCGGAAGAGGAUCCAAAUGAUCCUGAGUGGUUUGAGGCGCAUUAAUGGAGAGAAUGGAGUGCGUGCGUGCGUGCGUGUUGGUUGUGCAACAGGAGGAAGGACAUUCAGGUUGGUGGUAAAAAAAAAAGAAAAAAAAAUGUUAAAGAGUUGGUGGCGGUGAUUUGGACAGAGGGGGGAUUGAUGAAGUUGGUUCUCUCUCACAGAGGGAGGCCCCCAGCUUCCAAAUAAACCCUCAAACAGAAAGACACAGAACAAGCCAUUUAUAAUUUAGUGAUAAAAAGAAAGAAAAAAAAAUUAACAAGAACGCCCUUUUAGGAUGAAUGAAUUGUUUUCUCUGUUUAGAAGAUGUUUUUUCUACUUUUUUCCCCAUUUUUUCUUCCCUUUUUCCUUUUUUUUUUGGUUUAGUAUAUUCUCUGUUGUUAUUCUCACAUUAAAUGUAGAAAAAUAAAAUGAAAACUAAGAGACUCAGAGAAAGAAUCUUAGGGCUAAUAUUUAGCUAAAACAUUUGGGAUUGUUAGUGUGUAGAUUUUUUUUUCAUUUUGAUUUAUUACUUUACUCUUUUUUGUCUCCUUCACACCCACUCCUAGAAUACAAAAAAAAAAAGAAAUAGAGUGAGAAAAAUAAUCAUACAAUAGCCAAAAACUAAAAAAAAAUCUUCGUUUAUAUAAAAGACGAAUAAAUUAACAAAAAAAUGCGAUUUAAUCAUACUUUGAAGAAUAAAAUUAAGAAUAAAAAAAAAAACGAAAGAAAACAUUCAAAGUGUGGUUAAGCUCAACACUGCCAAAUUCCAUUUUUCAGAAAGAAAAGAAAUAUUAGAAAGAAAGAAAAAAAUUAAACUUAUUCUUUUCUUAUUUCCCCCUUUGUAAGAAAAAAAAACAAUUCAGAAGUAUAUAUAUAUAUAUAUAAAUAUUAACAAAAAAAAAUGUAAAAUUUGUUGGAAUUACUUGUCUUUAGAGAGAGAAAGAACUUUUAUAAGGAUGAAAAAAAAGGAUAAUAAAUACAAAAAAAAAAUAUGUAAGUAGAACUUCAUUGUACUGAUUGAGAGCAUUCAGUAGACCGCAAAAACAACGUUAAGAUUAAGGAAAAGAAAUAGUGGAAAACAUUUACCAGUAUCGCCCAAUUUUUCAGUUCUAUUAAGGAAAAGAAUUUAAAGAAAGGAAAAAAGUUAGCCGAGAAAAGAAAAAUAGAACAAAAUGAAAGGAAACAAAAAUACUUAAAACCCUUAAAACGGAAAAAAAUAGUCGAAAGAAACGAUUUUGACGAGGAGGUGAAUAUUGAUUAAAAAAAAGACAAAAUUCCUCGUAAAUUAAAAAUUAAUUAACUAAAAAAAAAACAUUGAGAAUCAUUGGCUUGAAGUUUGGAGUCAAGCAUUUAAAAUUGACUUCAGAAUUAAGACCGUUUAUUAACAGAAAACUUUCAAUGGUGAUGAAGAAAUUAACCCUUUCAAGGCAUCUUGGCUUUGUUUGGAAAUAUAUUUCUCACACUUUCUCCCCCACAAAAGAAGAGAAGAGACAAAAAAUAAUAUUCAAAGAAAAAAAAAUUAAUGAGAAAAAAUAAUUAAUAAAAAUUCUAAUGUAAAAGUUAUACUCUAUGAGGGAAGAAUAUCACAUUUUUUUUACAAAGAGGAGACAAUUAUCCGGUUUAGAAGGAAUUUGGAGGGUUUAUGGGGAAGAUUUUGAGGUAUUUUGAAGUGAAGGAAAGACUGAGAAUUUUGGUUUAAGUGUUUCAAAAGUUUUGCGACUUAAGUCAAAGCCGAAAAGUUCUAAGUGACUUAAGAUGAUUCUUAUUGAAAGGAGUGAACAAUCUUUUAAAAAUCGUUUUGGUAAGUACCUUUCACGAUAUUUUUUUUUUGACUAUUCUUUAUUAUUUUCUUCGAGAGCAUAGAAAAACGCAAAAAUUUUCUAAAAUCGUAAAGUUUCGAUUAAAGAAAAAGUUUUCAAACUCUCACGUCAAAUUAUUGACAAUUUUGGAAAUCUUCCCAAGGGUGGUGUAGAGGAAAUUUACUCCAGUCCGGUGGUUCCCAUGGUGGAGCUCCCCUCAAGUGGAUGGGUGGUUGCUCUCAGGUCCGAGAUUUUUUGUUGGAGCUCCCUAUAUUUCCCAAGUGGGUUCGCGGUUUCGAUAAUCUGUUCUUCGACCAGAAGUUUUAGAGCAAUUGCAUGAGUGCAAGCCUCUCCCUUGUAUCUGGCCGCUUCCCUGAGUGAAGGAGCAUCCCAUAUCGGAUCGUUUCUAUCUCCGUCGACAUUGAUGGCGACACAGAUGGCGACUGGAAGGGGCAUCCGAGGGAUAGUAUAGUUGGCCCAAGCGUCAUCUCGCAACAGCCUGGAGAACAUCCAGGCUGAACAUCCUGUCACCUUAGGAUGGAGGGCCAAGGCCUCAAAAGUAUAUAUCAUCUGCAAGAACGAUGUAUACUUUGAGGACGAAAAGUAGUCUAUCAAUUCGCUAGGGGCCAUAUCAAGCUUGUGAGAGGCCUUUAACCACCACAAGAAGGCGGCUAGACCAGUUCCUGCUAUCGACAAAAUGCAUGCCGAUUUGAAGAUUCCCGAAAGCUCCUGUUGGCUAUGCCUAAAUCCUUGAAUCAUUAAAAGGAUGACCGGCUUAUAGCGGGGGUUCCCUUUCUUGAACAGGUUGAGAAGAGUCUUCAGUGCCUGGGUUGUAGGGGGAAUUACUGCCUGAAUGGGAGUCUUUAGCACAUCGCUGUCGAGCCCCACUAGCUGAGUGAGGCGGGUAUAAACAUUGUUUGAGAUGUACUCCGACACCUGCGUGGGGGUUUUGAUGACCAACCGAGUGCAAACCAUGGCCAAAUAUCCUAUAUAGAAAAUGGCACUCUUUUGGUGUUCGUUUCCGUCAGUUUCAAUCAUGGCCUCUUGAGGGCAUUAUACCAUUUUUCUGCGUGAGAUGCGGUGAUGACCACCUCCCUUCCGUCUACGCGGGCGGUGGCAGAAGUGGAUUCUAGUUCAGUAGCUGUAGAUGAGGAGAAGAAGGACCAGGAAGCUAGCGUUGGCUCCGCCACAGAGUUGCAAGGUACCACUUCGGCAGCUUGUUCAGAGUGAUCGAACAAUUGGUCCCCAAAAACCUUCUCUCCUUGGAACUCGAUUCCAGCCAUCAGUCCAUAAUAGAGGUUAAUUAUAUCUUCUGCUGACAUCGCCGAACCAGCAUAAAAUUUGAGAAAACUAAUCGCAUGACUCUUCAAGUUGGCCGGAGUGACUGCGACAAGAGGUUUUAGAUGGUUAGCCACUUCUUCAUCGAAGAGUUCAUCUCUCCACACCACAGCGUUUGGAGUUGAAGAGACGUGAAGUCCGCGUGUAGAAUUGUCACUUGACAAUCCUUUUAUCUUGGCAAAUGCGGCCCCAUGAGGAGUUCGUAUAUAGUUUUGGUAUUCAGCUGACUGCUCGGUCAAAGAUUGAUGCUGAGACAUGAUUGUUCGGUGGAGUUGUGAGAGAUCUUUGGUAAGAGUAUGGCAAGUGGAUGGGUAGUGAGAUUCAGUUGUUUUUCAUUAUUCAAAAUAAAGCUUCAAAUUAACUUUCUAAAGAAUUUUUAUUUCCUUUCCUGAUUAAAAAAAAGAUCAGAAAUACAAAAAGAAAAUUAAGUAAAGAAUGUCAGAAUUUUUAAAUACUGAAAUUAGUUUAUAAAAAAAGCUCCAAAAUAAAUCAAAAUCUUCAACAGAAACCAUUUCAAAUUCUUUCGCUGGAUGAAUGAGUAAUUUACCUAAUUUGCUUAUCAUCUAUUUUUUUCAUACUACUUCUUUUUAUAAAUAAUUUCUUUUGAUAAAAAAACAUUUAAUAAUAAUUACAAAAAAAAUUAAAAAAAAAUAUCUUCACCAAAUAGUAGAAUUUAUUGCGCGUAAGUGUAGUGCUGUAAGGAAACUUUUUUUAUGUAUAAAUGUUGAGAACAAGUCUUUUUUUCUGCGAAAAAAAUUCACGUGUAAAUAGAUAUUAUUCAUUAAAAAAAAAUACAUUUAAUAAAAAAAAACAAAUAUAUUUAAAAUGAAAUAAAAAAUAAAAUAAUUCAGUGAAGAUGAAGACUUUUUCAUCUUCUUUUUGUACGCAAUUUCCGUUGCUUCAUCUACAUUAUUUUUACUCUUCCAAAAUAAAUUUAAAAAAAAAAAAUAAAAAAGAAUUUAGAAUUUUCAUUUUUCACAGCGAACGCGGAAAAGUCAUAUAAUACUUUGAAUUAGCUUUUCAUUCAUUUUGUAGUUGUGCAUCAGUUUUUUUUUCUUAUUUAGAAAUAUAGAUUUAUAUAUAUUUCAAUGUAUUAAAGGUGAAAUAGAAAGUAAAUAAAGUGAGAAAGAGAUAAAAUAUAGGUAAUAAGGCAGAAAUGAUGUAAAAUAAAAAAAAUAAGAUUCUUUAGAACUUACAUUACUAAACAAGAAAAAAAUGUAAUAAUUCGUAAUUACCAAGAAAUUAAUUUUAUUACUUGUUACACAACUUCUAGGUUUGUAAGUUUUUUAAUUUUUAAGUUUUAUUCUGGAUAUGAGAAAAAAAUGCGUGUGAGGUCAUUGUGUGAAAUUCUGUAUAAAAAAAAACAAGUCUCGUGAUUAAUUUUUUUUGCUUAAAUUACGCUCUUAUUUUAAAAGUAAAAAAUAAAAUAAAAUAAAAUAUGACACGAGAUGUUUCUUUAUUUUGCCAAAAUAUAAAAUUCAACUUUUAAUAAUUUUUCUUUUUUUU